AGGAAUUAAAGCCAGAUCAGGUUACCAGACUUGCUCUUAGGAAAGAAGUUAACUUUGAAAGUGUCUGCAGAAAGGUUUCGCCUGGAACAGUCGGUGACUAAGACGGAGGAAAACACAAGGCUUGAAAAUAAGGAAAAUACAACACUGAAGAAACGAGCAAUGCUGCUGGACUGAAAAAAACCACAGAUGAGUGUCAACUAACGGUGAUGAGAGCGACUUACUCUCCAGCAUCAUCUCCUAGACCAGGAAGUCUGGAUAUCCAAGCGCUUAAGGACAGUCUAAUCCCUUCUUCUCAUGGGGUCAUCAAGCAGGUUAGUUUGCUUUGCCACUUCAGCAAAAGAAAUGGAGGGAACUUUUACGUACAAACUGACUGAAUAAGUUUCAGCAGACUUUACAUCCUUUCAAAGGAAUAGGAACUUGAGCAGCUGAGACCAAUGCGUGUAUAAACUUCCUGACCAAAAAAAGGAAUCAUGUAACGCGUUUCAGAUACUUCUAAGAAAAGUAUCCAGAGCUCUUAGCGGUAUGGAGGAUGCAGAUUUGAUGCCUCUCUCAAGUUAUGGGAGCUGUGGUUUGAACACUCUGAAGGAAAUGAGUUCCCUGCUCACUGGGCUAGAAUAUAUUGAAAUAGACGUGCUCUCAGCCCAGCACUGUUUUGCUCCAGAAGCCUGUUAUCCUAAUUACCAGCAUCUUGAAGGCAAAACUGCAAGAGUCUGUCACUGCCAAUCCAUGCUCCAAAGAGAAGUAGCGGAGAGAACAAGGGGAGAAGGUAAGAAAAAAACGAUAUAACAAGAAAAUAAAAGCAAUCUAGCAUUGGGUGUGUACUCAAACAUGCCAAAUUUGUAUACUGCCUUUAGCAAAGAACUACAGUAAUUGAUAGAUUUGUUACUUUUGCUGAUGGUAUUGUACUUAAACUAUAAAAGAUUACAAUCUAAUACAGACAUCAGCCCCAUUCUCCCCUCUAAAAAAUGUUUAAGUUGAAAAUUUAAACAAAUCAUAUUUUUAUGGUUGUCAGCUAUCUAUUACAAGGUGGUUGUUAAUACUUUGUUCUUUAUAAUGGAACCAACUUCAAAGUGAAGUACUAGUAAUGGUUACAGUGAGUUUCUUUUGUAGCACAAUAAAACAAGACAAACAAAUGCAAUAUUUGCCGUGAAAAAGGAAACAAGCUAGGAAGAUGUGAUUUACAAGCUUUUCAGCUGGAUUUCCAAACAAUAUAGGAUAAAAGCUUUUUAGCAUACUUGACCAUGCAAUGUUCUUUAAAAGUAAUCUCACAUGUUCUGUUUAAUCUGUAUUGACAGAUAAAAAAAUCCAAAUCACAGUGCACAGUGAACAGCUAAAGUGGAAUGGCUGGGCAAACGACUCAUAUUGCUCGUUCUGAGAAAACAAUAGAGUUGAACAUAGUUUUUUAUUUUUCUUGAAUGUAUGUGAUGUAAGAAAAAGGCUUCAUUUAUCUCCCUUUUUCUUUCCAAAGCAGAUAACAAAAAUUCCACUUAUUUUCUAAUGGCUCUUGGAAGUUCCUGUAGAAUUCAGGUAAUACCCAAAAGUACUGUUCACAUACAGAGGGGAGCACAGUGUAGAAGUCUGCUGUAGAAUAAAGGAGGAGAAAAACUACAAGAAGAUGCAGAGACAACUCUGCCCAGAGUGUCUAGUUAAUUCUACAGGCAGGAAGGAUGACAAUCAAGGAUGGCUCCAGAAAUGACUACCAUGUUAUGUCUUCAACACCUUUGCUUCUCUACCUCCAGCAGCAGCAAAAAGAAAUAAAAGUUCUUCAACUCCAUUUCCAGCAGAGGAUAAUUCAGUUCCUGAAACCCUUUUAGAUGCUUUGAAGGUUGCUGGGCAACGCUGCUGCUCAAGAGGCGGUGAGUCCAUUGCCAUGGCACCAGAAAACGCUCGCUCUCCCCAGGCUGGCAGGCACCCGGCGCCUCCGCUAGGCCACCGCCGCGCCCGCGGCUCAGCCCGCGGGGAUUAAGCGCUGGUUAAAAAGGGCAAACCAGCUCAAAGCGCAACAUCAGAAAAGCCAGGACCACGAGGAAAGUAAGGGGUUUCAUCCAUUCUUUGAAGCAAAGAAUCAAUGUCAUGUGCCAGUAACUUGUCUGGAUUUUCAAGUUUGUUGCAUCUGUGGUCAUGAUCUUGUCUUCCAGUAAACACUGAAUCAGAAAUGCUUGAAAGAAGGAGGUCAUGGAGAUAAAAAAACAGGUUUCAACAUCCAGCGUGUCAGAUCUUGGCAUAAUUUUGCCAGAAAUAGUGCAUCUAGAAGCUAGCCCCAAGAAAAGACGACCAGGUACUGCAAUAAUAUCAAAACAGUCAGAUUCUUCAAACAUGUCUCAGACUCCACUGAAUCGACCAGUCAUCCCACCAAGACGACCUGGCUUUAGAGUGUGUUAUAUCUGUGGCAGAGAAUUCGGGUCCCAGUCUAUUUCCAUACAUGAACCCCAAUGUCUAGAGAAGUGGCAUAUUGAAAAUGAUCAACUACCAAAGCAUCUGCGAAGAGCAGAGCCCAGGAGACCUGAGGCCCCUACUCAUGGUUCCUGUUUGACUGCAGCUGAAAAUGAGGCAGCAUAUCAGAGUGCUCAAGCCCAGCUCUUGCCUUGUGAAAAGUGUGGCAGGACUUUCCUUCCUGAUCGUCUCACUGUGCACCAAAGGAGUUGCAAAGGAAAUAACAGCGGUGUGGGGCUGUCAAGUUCUAAACCCUAUAAAUCUGGUAAAGGCCCAAGCUUUGGAUCUGACUCAGCAGGUACUGAUCUAUCUGGUGAAGGUCAACAGAAGAGUGGGGCUGCGCCAGCCAUAUCAGACAAGCCACCAGUGACAAGACGGCCACCAACAGUUAUUUGUUAUAUAUGUGGCCGUGAGUAUGGAACAAAAUCUAUUAGUAUCCAUGAGCCACAAUGCUUGAAAAAAUGGCAUCAGGAGAACGACAUGCUACCCAAGCAUUUGAGAAGGCCAGAACCCAAAAAGCCUGACAUCACUUCCAUACAAGCCAAAGGUUUCUAUGAUCUUGAUUCUUUAAAUGAGGCUGCCUGGACCAGCGCCCAGAACCAGCUAGUUCCAUGUGAUAUUUGCGGGCGUACUUUCCUUCCAGACAGACUGAGCGUCCACCAGAAGUCAUGUAAACUGAAACCUGCAAAGUAGAGUGGAUGUAACACACAUGCAUACAUAAAGCAUGCAUGCUCACACACACAAAUGUGUAUGUGUGCACAUGAGUACACACACACAUGCACAUACAACUUUCAACCAAACUGAGGCAGAAAUAAAAUCCAGAGAGAGUGCAUUGUCAGAUCACAUGAUCUGAAGGUCUCCAGAGAAAGAUCAACAGUGCAGCUGCUGCUUCAGUGUGAGGUCGAAUGUGAUUUUUAGCCAAGCAGUAGCAGAAAUUCCUCCUUAUUUCAGAUGUUCAGGUAGCACCCACCUUGAAAUCAAAUUUGAGAGGGAGGACAUAAGGAUUCUUGAAGGUAAUGUUAAGUUUCAUCUGUACUCUUCUGAUCCUGUGCUUUGCUGGGUACAGGAAUAUUCAAAUGAAGAAUCCUCACCAGGUGUUUUCUGAAUCACUGUCCUGUCUGGACAUCUGUUGCCCAAAUGUGAUGUGUUCUUCCGCCCUGCUUCUUUCACAGCCUUUCAGGUUUAGCAAGCUGGACCUUGGAAAGUAGUUGUGCUCUCUACAUGCAUUUCCCAUUCUGUGAAGCAUGUUUGUUUUGCUAUUCAGCAGGGGACAGAAAGAAAUGACCCAUGGCUGUCUUUCACUGUGGAGAUCCUUAAGAGAGUAUCCUACAGAGAUCCUCCUUGUGGUCUUGCUCUUCAACAGAUCCAGGAGAGUGGGAGAGGUGGUAUAAUGUCAGGAGCUUCUUUGUCAGCAGGGACAUUUGUCCUGCUCUCAGUGAAUGCUGUCACCUACUGUUUCAGAAACAUGAGACAACUUUUAGGAAAUCAAUGUUUUGAUGAGGAGUAAUUCACUGCAUCUCAGUGGAAGCAAAGUCAGCGUGAUGUUGGUCAAGAAAACUAAUUCUUUAAAUCACUGGCUCAAAUUGUAUCUUCCCUUCCAUCAAAGACUUGUCUAAUCAAUGUAAAGACUUCCAGCUGAAUUUGACUAAUCGGAGAAACCCCAUCUUGCUCCCAGCAGUGCAGCCAAGACUCUUCAUUGACCCCUACUCAAGAGCUUAAAUCCAUGAAGCACUCCGGUAUUCACAUCCUUGUGGGUCACUGGAGUUCACAAAGCAUUGUCUGCUGCAGAUAAAACAUUCCUUGAUAAAGGGAUACAGCUAUGGAGUACAAGCAAAGACUGAUUCUUUUAAGAAAACACCACAAAAGUGCCCUCUUCUUGGAGGCAUUUCUUGCUUAAAAAUGGUACUCAUAGCAUGAUUUAUCCUCUACUCAGUAAACCAAACAUGCCAAAAAUAGUGUAAGUUAGAGAAACACAUUUUUGUCAUGAACCUGGUAAAAGAAAAAACAUCUCUGUGUCAUGCCAAAACAAGCAUGAUGUGUCUGACGGCUGGAAUGAAAUACCACCCUGUCCAUUGUGCCAAAUGUGACCAUAACAGAGUGCUAGUAUGGACGACAAGGGCAGAUAGUAUACAGGAAAGCAAUGGGGGAGGUGUUUGAAAAUGCUAUUUCAAAAACUGCUGUUGUGUUACUCAGAAUCGGUGCCAAAACACAUUAGUAAAUGGGUUAAACACACGAAGGAAGUAAUACUCACUUUAACAAGGUAGAGCAGAGAGCAUUUUUUUAUUAAUUUACUUACUCUGAAGUGUUAUUAUUAAGUAGUAAGUUAUUCAGAAUGUAUGACAAAAUGCGAUACGUGUUGUCAGCUAGCAAUAUAGGCUUCCUGAAAUGAUGAAAGAAGCUGUAUCUCAUGUAUGUUUUCACCUUCAGGCUUAAUUCUCUGGAGUUGGCUGUUAUAUGUUGUGUGACCAGUGGGACUUUUCCCAGAGCAUUUGCACUUACUGUUGCACUUGCACAAAUCAGACGAAGUGGAUGUCUUCACACACACCAAAAUGAAAUAUGGGUACCAGCUCCUUUUCUCUUCCAAGCUGUCAAGCUGUGUGAUUUGUUGUGUAAGUGAAAUAAGAAGUAUUAUCAUUGUUCUGUUAUUAAAGGAACGCUCCUGGCCCCAGCCCUGGUGGACUGUUAGUUCAGGCUGGGAGAGAUACCAGCAUUCUUUGGUGAAAAUAAUUUCCAAAACAAUCAAUGGCACCUCAGCAGUCCUUUCAUCUUCAGAAUGAGAAUUCUAUUGUCUGAAGAUGGAUAUCUUCAGAAGUCAAAGGUUCAGUUUCUAUUCUGCAGUGCAAAGCUGUGUAAACCCUGCAGAUCUAGCCUUGUUAGCUUCUCAAAUGUGAGGAGAUUCCCAGGUGGAGCUGGAGCUGUACUGUCUUGCCUCCUUUUAGCUGGGAGAAGGCAUGUGACCUGAGGAAAGACUAGGGGCACUGAUCUGUGAUUACUGGGCUAGUUCCUAGGAGCUGUUGGCAGGCAACCUAUACUACAGGAACCUGGCAGCUGUUAAAAUUUACAUCAGGAGCUGGUCCACGGCUGUGCAUCUUGGUAAUUGGAGGACUAUGAAUGCCAUGUAAUCCCACCGUUCUGGCCCCUCUUCCUUUUCUUGAACCCCUCUUCCUCUCAUCAGACAUGAUAAGCACUUUUUGGCUAUGUCUGCCUUACCUGAGUCAUCAGACUUUUUUACAGAAUCAUUUCAAGAGCAGAAAUUGUUUUGAAGAGACUAAUCACCCUUUGCAAAAUCAGUGCAAGCUUUGGCAUUAAAAAUUUAGCUGUGUCCUAAAGUGGGUUUCAGGCUUCAGAGUCCCUGUGUCGUUCCGCAAGUUGGGUUCAAGGUCCUGAUGACUUUAACUCUGUUAGAAAUUUUACCCAGAAUGGUUGUUUUGAGUUUCAUUGUGAGUUUCUUUCUAAACUCUCCUCUUGUCUAGUCUUCUUGUUCUCGAUUAUUAUCCCAAUCUUCCUGAAGAGCAGCGCAGAGUAGUUACAAACACUCACAACAGUGCAGCUAUUAACCAGACAUUCAACAUGAUGUUGUGUCUUGCAUGGAAAUACCCCUGCGCAGGACCUGCUGUCACAAGUCUGAAGUACGGCUUCCAUGUCAGUCUUUGUGGGAGUCAAAUGAAGAUUUGGCAAACUGAUAGCUGCCUCUGCUGAUAGAUGAUUGCUGCUGAGCUCCAAGCUCAGCGUGGGAUCUGUGAAACAGGAGUCACAGGGUUGCAAGAAGUGAUAGCGAGACCAGUGCCUGCAGGAACUCAGAAGGAGGCAGUGGCAUUCAAAGAGAUCUCAGAGGCAUUCAAGAUGUGACAUCCUCUUCCCCUCACAAAACUUUUGGUGCAAGGACUUUCAAAAUCACCUAUUGAAAGCAUUGACCUAACAGUGUGUAUGACUGCACUUCAAACACUACUAAGAUGGGACUGUCGCUCACAUUUCCAGUUAUUCUUGUCAUGAGCUUUUCUGCUGAGCUUGCCAGCCAUGACAGUAGCCUGUGACAGUGAUGAUGGUGAGUUCUGUGGCAAGAUUUGUCCAUUGGGAAAAGCACUCAUAGUGCAUUUCAUAGUUUGCUCUGUUUCAGCAGGGUUAAACUGUGAUCUGGUGAGCAUUUGUCAUUGUUACUUGGCAUUCAUCAUGCUGCCUUUUUUGCAGAAGAGGAAAAGGAAAUGAGAAACUGAGCUACUUGGCUUCCUUUGUUUCUAUACUUUGGCUAUUUGUUACUCAACCUUAUCACAUCCAUUGUUGGCUCACACGGAUUCCCCCCUCAGCCCCCUAUUUCCUAAUGACACAACACACCUAACUCUAAAGAGCUGAAAAAUGUUUUCUGGUGUUUCAAAAUCUAUGACAUUCCAUCCAGUUUGCUAUAAACAUGCUGACAAUAGCUAAAAUUAUACCUGUAAAUUAUACAGAAAGUCAGAACAUGGGUUGGCAUGCAAAGUUGAGUCAUAUUAUGCAAAUGAGCAUCCACCCUUAGACUGUAAACAAAAUACCUCACGUUUUAGUUAACCAGUUGAACAAACCAGUUCCAAUUCAAGAAACAGAUGUUUUCUAAAAGCAGUCGUAAAGAUCUUAAUCAGGCUUAAUGAGUUUGACUGAAGACUUUAAAGUAGACAUUAAUUAAAGUAGACAUUAAUGAAGGAACUCUCAACUGCAUAGUAUAUACUAAUAUAUACUGCAUAGUAAAUUCUAUAUGUGAAAUGGUAUAGUGUAGCA